AAACCCGGCGUAUUCAAUGUAGUGUAAUCUCACUCUGGAAUCGUUUAAGGGUCAUUUAAAUAUAAGGGGAAUGAUUCGAUUGAAUGUUUGAAUUAAUGGCAACCCUGUUUAUUUUGAAGGUGUUGUGUUUUAUAAUCAUAAGCUAUGUCUCGUCAAUCGUCAUGUCACUAAUUUAGUUUCUUAUCACUUGUGAGGUUAAUUACAUUGUUAUUAAUGAGACCUUUUAUAAAUACUUUAGCAGUUAAUAGUUUUAGAUUUGUACUGAAAGCGAGAGGACACAAAAUGUCAUCUGGGAUUUCUGCAAUAGAAGAAAUAAGACCUUUAUCCUCAGAAACUGGUCUUGUUAUUUUUCUCCAUGGUUCAGGUGAUACUGGAAAUGGAGUGAAAGCAUGGGUGGAAAUGUUAAUGGGAGAACGUAUGGCAUUUCCACACUUGAAAAUAAUGUUUCCAACAGCUCCAGUGAGACCAUACACUCCAUUAAAUGGUGAACUCAGCCAUGUCUGGUUCAACCGUUUCGGCAUAAGACCUGAUGUGCCAGAGGACUUACAGACUAUUGAACCGAUGGCAAAAGAAAUCAACAAAUUAAUUGAACAACAAGUAGCCAAUGGCAUACCAUUAAAUAGAAUUAUAUUAGGUGGAUUCUCCAUGGGAGGAGCCAUGGCCUUACAUGUAGGUUACCGUUACAUGCCUGGAUUGGCUGGUGUAUUUACACUUUCGUCUUUCUUGAAUGAGAAAUCUGUAUUGUACGAUGAGCUACAGAAAAAGAAGGACAGUGGAGGCAAAAGUGUGUUGCCGCCAUUGUUCAUGUGUCAUGGAGAGAGAGACGACUUGGUGAGUGUUGGCUGGGGGGAAGAAACACUCAACAGGCUUACGUCACUUGGUGUUACAGCCGAGUUCCAUCGCUUUCCCAAUAUGCUGCACGAGCUCAAGAAGAAAGAGAUGGAAAUGCUUUACAGUUGGGUUAAUGGUUUGUUAAAGAGUGACAAGCUGUAGGGAUCUUCAUGCAAGAAAAGGGCCGAAACGUAGUUAUAGAUUGUGUUUUAAAAUGUAAUUUUUUAUAGAUUGUAAUUUAAAAUAAUACAAUACAGUAAGAGACACCCACAUUCAUUCAAUGAAUUUCACAAACAUUCAAAGUCUAAAAUUAUAGUGGUGUUCAGCUAGUCCACUUAAAAAGGUGUUAGUAAUCAAAAGCUGAAAUAGAUCUAGAUUGUAAUAUUAUUUUUGGUAUGGUUUAAACCUCAGGAGAGAAAAUAUCUAACAAGUUAUAUAUAUAUAUAUAUAUAUAUAUAUAUAUAUUUAAAAAAAUAAAUACUAAAACUCCACUGGUGAUGAAAAACAGAUAGUGAGAAAUUACAUACUCACAUUCAUUACAUAUUAUAAUAUAUUCUUGUAAAGUACAUUUUAUAAUGUAGUAAUCAAAAUGGUCAGGUAAAGAACUUAAAGCUGAUAAGUUCUAUCACUUAAGAGGCACCAAUUGCUAAUAGUCUGUAUGAUUAAAAUUAUUUAACAUUUUCAAUUAUUUUGAGAUGAUUUAAAUUUGUAUCCUAUUGAAUAACUUUUAUUUUUUAUUCAUUACAUUUAAUAUUUCUUGUAAAGUACACUUUAUAAUGUAGUAAUCAAAAUGGUCAGUUAACGAUGUAAAGCUGCUUCUAUUGCUUAAGAGGCACCAAUUGUUAAUAGUCUGUAGGAUUAAAAUUAUAUGACAUCUUCAAUUAUUUUGAGAUGAUGUAAAUUUGUAUUCUAUUGAAUAACUUUAAUAUCUUAUACGCUUGUUAUAAUCAUUGUGUAAAUAUAUGAUUCUUAAUUACUGAAGAAUAUCAAAAAUUGUAAAUAAGCUGUUAGUAAAAUAAAUUAAGUAAAUAAUAUAA